UUUCAACUGCAAUUCAUGAAUUUACAACAUUUGCAACAUAUAUGCCACAGAAUUAAAAUGUAAUGGAACUUAUAAAGAUUUUUAAAGAGUUUAUAAAAUGAAUGAGAGUAAAGGAAAUGAUGUCAAUAAUGACCCUGAAGCUGAAAAUAAAAGGGACAGUUCUAGGGCAGCAAAAAUGUCUACGGACCUCGGUGCCAGCUUUAACGAGCAAUAUAUGAAUAUCAACACUAAAAUGAAAAAACGGUUUAUGCGGAAGCCCAAUGUAUCGGAAGCAACGAAUGAGUUUAUAGCUCUUGCGAUUCAAUGUGAGCAUUCCGACCAGCCAGCAUUCGCAGGGCACGCCUACGUGGGUGCUGCCAAGUGUGAAGCCUCUGUAGGCCACUUCUUAGGUGAAGCGGAACAUUUCUUAGCGGCAGCUCGUCAGUUCAUGAAGGCUGAAAAGAAACUGAAAUCUCUGAAAUUUUAUAGUGCUGAUAGAGAAAACUUGGAGGCAGCUAUAGGAUGUUACAUUCAGGCGCUGAACAAGUACCCAGAGAAGUCUCCAAUCAGAACAUCUAUAUUGAUGGAGCUGGCCAGUGACCUGGUGGAAUUGAACCACAAGAUGGAAGCAGCUGCAUACUACGAACAGGCUCUUGAGACUGUCACUGAAUCUACUAUGAAGACUAUUUGUUUGAAACACCUGCUCAGUUUGAGGAUAGACAGUGGUAAAUAUGACAUUGCUUUAGAGAUAGCAAAUAAGAUGGUUGAUGGUCUCAAUGCAAAUGUACCUGAAGAUGUUCUUGCAGAGGUCCAAGUGAGCAGGAUACUGCUGACCCUUCUAGUGAAACCACCAGAAGACAGCAAGCCACCAUCUUUGAAGCAACUCUUCAUAGAUUUAAUGAAUGACAAUGAAAGUGAUACAAUUCCUCUGAACACAGAUUUGAAGUUGAAACUCCAGUCAAUAAUAAUCUGCCACGCGACUGGCGACACUCAGGCUUUAAUCAGUGUGUCAGCAGACACCAAGCAGUUCCUGACUCUGCAGCAAGUUGAAUUAUUGCACAAAUUGAUAUCAGACGAAAGAGGUUAAACUAAUUAAUAUCUGACACCAAAAAUAUUAUUGAUUAUGUCUAAGUCCUACUUUAUUGUUCAUCUUUAUAAGUAAAAUAAAUAUUUUAUAAUGUAAAUGUUUGUUAAGUUAGUAAACUUUGUUGUGGUAUUAAAAUAAAAUAUAAACUGUUUCAUUAACA